GGUGUGAUGGAUGCAACGUCCAUUCAGGAGGCAGCGCAUAACCAAAGGUCUUCUGUGAUUGGCUGCUUUGUCUCGAGCCGCCUCCGCACAGAGCGCGUAACAGCUUUGUCUCGCGCAAAGGUCGGGAGGGCCUGCGGUCGUUAGAGAAGCGAAGAGAGGGCAAAAUUGAGGCCGAGAUUGACGUUUCGCUUUUCAUUCUGAUUGGUGGACGUCUCUGCUAGCAAGCCUUUAACCUGGAUCCCCAGCGGAACAUCCAUCAAGGAUGAUGAUGAGUGAAGGAGAAUAUGUCUUUUGCAAGUGGAAAAAGCGGCUAUGGCCAGCACAGAUCUUGUGUAGAAGCCAGAGUUCCAGAGGGCGUCUGCUUCCUGAGAAGCUGGGUUCCAUUCGGCUCAAAAUUAUCGCUGAAAAUAAACAGGUCACCAUGCGCGUUGCCCAUAUUGUGCCUCUGACAGUACAAAGCAUUGAAGACAUUGCAGAAAAAUUGGCUCCGAGCAAUGAAGCCCAGAAGGUGGUAGAAGAGUUAACUUACCGCCGAGCCUUGCGAGAAUUGCUGGAGAUCAUGAAGAAACGGGCAGCCCCUAAAAGUCCUGACCCUUGUAGGCGAAGGAGUGAAGAGGCAACAACCAGGAAAGGACAGCAAGGACAAUCCUCGGCGCCCCCGGAACCCCUUUCUCCCCGAAGAAGCCCCCGUGGGACAAAGAGGAUGGAGGCAGGCAGGACCCUUUCAGAUUCUCCAGCCAAGUCAUUGAGACCUUUGGAGUCGAGAACCAAUAACCUGCCUACCUGCAAACCUCCCUCAUCUGCAUCGGGAGACCUUCCAGGUGUCAGGAAGCCAGCCCCAAAGCCAAACAUCUCACGUAGUCUUGCAGCACCACCCCAACUCACCCAGAAGUCUCCCGUGGCCUCCAAGGAGCAUCGGCAAGUUGGUGGUCCAUCUGGAAGGAAGGCGCCUUCAAACCGGCCGGUGAGAACCAGCACCCCGGACUCUACUUCUCACAAGUGCCGCCCCAGGUUCCCGUCAGCAAAAGGAAGAGACGAGACGGCCUCAAAACUGCGGAGGAAUUUGCUGGGACCCGCCCUCGAAGGGUUUUCAUCGCAGCCAGCAGGUGCUCCUCCGGCCAAGCGAGAGGCACGGAAACGGAAGAAAUGGCAGCAGCCCUCCAAGGGCAGCCGGUGCUCCCCGCGCUUGGAAGCCACUUCCUCAAAGCAAAUCCUGGCCACUCAGGAACCCUCCCUGGAAAGGUCACAAUGGAUGAGUGGGAGACAGCCCACAGAGCACAGAGAACCUUCUCUGGACUGUGCUCCUUGGGAACUGAAAAGAGACCCUGACCCCUAUAGAGCUGCAGUUCGAGGAGGCUGGCUCCCAGAAUUUGAAGAUAACGAAGCAGAUCAGGCAUCUGAUCUUUCACUGCAGCUGAGUCCCGUAAGGAAAGUGAGUCCAAGCCCAGAGUCAAAGGAUGAAGAAGAGGAAGAGGAGGAGGAAUUACCCAGCAUUUUCUUGCAUAAAGAGCCUUGUUGUUUUGAAGCCGGGAUGAUGGUUUGGUGCAAGCUCCCAAGAUAUCCCUACUGGCCAGCUGUGGUGAAAAAGGUAAAUCGGAAAGCUAAGAAAGCCAAUGUCGUCCUUAUAGAGAAAUGCAUGGAUGCCACGAAAACUAAGGGGUUCUCUACUUCCCUCAGAAACCUAAAACACUUUGACUGCAAAGAGAAACAGACGCUGAUAGAGAAAGCCAGGGAGAACUAUAGCCACGAGCUCAACUGGUGCAUCAGCUUGAUUGCAGAUUACAGAAUUAGAGUAGGUUGCCAUUCUUUUGGGGGAUCCUUCCUGGAAUACUGUGCUGAUGACAUGAACCCUGGCUUCCUUUUUCCCCAAGGCUCUCCGGUCCGAAAAGAAUCCUUCCAUACUUUAUCCCAGAUGAGCUUCCCUCAAAUGGAGGUGUUGGACAGUGGGGAGCUUCUCGCUGAGAUAACCCCCCCAAAGCAAGUGAAGAAAAUUCUUCCUGACCGGACGCGAGCCGCCCGAGACAGAGCCAACAAGCGGAUCGUGGAAUUCAUUGUAAACGCCAAAGGAGCUGACGAGCACCUCCGCUCCAUCCUGAAGAGCCAGAAACAGUCGCGCUGGUUGAGGAAAUCCCUCAAAACACCCCGGUAUUUGAUCCUGGAGACCUACCUGGAGGAUGAUUAUCAGCAGGACCUUGUGCUCAACUACUUAAAGGAAGUUUAUCGGGAAGUUGGAGCCAAGACGCUGCCGGUUAAAAAUAGAGACAGUGCCAAAUUUGUCCUCGAAGUACUUUUUCCAGAAGCCAUCAUUUAUGCAAUUUCUGUUGUGCAUCAGAUAGACUACAAGACAGCAGAAGAAAAAUACAUCAACGGACCUCCAGUGAGCAAAAGGGAAAGAGAAGAAUUUGAAAAAGAAAUCCAAGAGGAGAAGCAAAAUUUUGCCAAGAAAGCGAGAAGCCAUCUGUAGAAAAUAAACUCUGAAGCUCUUUAUCCAUCCAUUUAUGUGCUGGGUACUUGUAAGGGAGAUUAAAUUCCGUGGUUUUGUACAGAAUAUUGAAUGUAUUUUUUUAAUAUAGAUGUAUAUGAAAGAGAUUAUCUAUGAAAUAAAGAGAAAUAGGUAUGCCUGCUGUUUCCUCCGCUUCCAUUCAGUUAGAAGAAAAUGAACUCUGUUUGGUCUGUCGCAACGAAUCUCAGCUACCUAAGAAGCCGCCUCCAGUUUAAAGCACAUUUUAAAAUUAUAUUAAUAAGUAUCAGCUCCUUGAUUGUGAUUUGAGCUCACCGUUGAUUCUGGACAAUGUUUGAAAUGGCUCCCAUACCUAUUUAGCCAGAAGCAACAUGCAUGUAUGUAUUGCAAACUCUUGUCUGUUCUGUUCUUCAGUUACCAGAGAUUCAUUCAGUCUGUGCUGAUGCUAAGUUGUAGGGCUAUAGAAGCUUCCAGACGUAUUCAGACAGUGGAUGAGGGCAGCCACCCUUUACUACUCAUUAAAGCAGCUGCAUCCUUUUUUAAAGCCUUCUACACAAGCCUGAAAAAGAUAGGUUUCCUUUUAAUGAGUUGGUUCAUUAAAUCAGCCACAUCCUAAUGCAACUUUUAAAAAUGCCACAUGUUUCAGGCUUGCCUAGAAGCCUGAGGGGAAAAAAUGUGUUGCUUCAAUGAGCAGCAGGGAGCUGCUCCAUUCAACAACCUCCGAAGCCCUUCUGAUUCGUUUUUGAAGCACGGCGAGAGCAACAUAGGAAAUGUUUUCAAUUCAAACGUUUUUGAGCCUAGAACACUCAGUUUUAAGUUAUGGAAAACUUAACUUUUUUGAGCGCAGAAUCGCUGUCUCGCUCUUUGAGCCCUUGUUCUGAUCCUUUUUCUGACCUCAGAAAAUCUCAUUUCAAGCUUGGAGAAUUGAGUAAUGGCUUUUUCUGAUUUUAUAUGUUUUGCAUAACACCUGAUUGUGAAUUGUGCAUUUUAAAAAUACAGUUUUGUUUAAAGUAGAGUUGGGGGAGAUCUGGCCCUUUGAUGACUUGUGGAACUUCAACUCCCAGAAUACCUGAGCUAAACAUGGCUGGCUCCAGGAAUUAUGGGAGUUGAAAGUUCCACAAAGGAACUUUAAAAGUUCAUCAAAGGGCCAGAUCCCCCCCUACCCUGCUUUAAACAAUAUUGUUGUCUAAAAUCAAUUGCUCUUCAUUUUUAUAAAUCUGCUUACAUCAUCAACCAAGACAUUCUGCAAUACCACACUUAUCCUACUAUACAGUAUUUCGUAAUUUUGGAUCAAUUUGGGGGAAGUGGGGGGGGAAGACAAAUGUGGAUGACAUUCAAAAAUCUCCAUUUUUAUUGAUUGUACUGACAUUCCUUAUGACAUCCCACUCUGCGACUUUCGUGUUUUGUAAUUUUGGAAAAAAAACAAUAAAAAUAGCUUUCAAUGCUUCA